AUCUAAUGGUCACCAGACCCUCAGUCAGCUUACAACUAGCAGAGGGAAAGGAUGUUCGCCCUCCACGAGCCGUUGAAACAUAAACCCAAGUGCAGGGUACAGUUGCACAUACACCUGGAUGGCGCUAUCAGACACGAAACUAUCUGGGAAUUGCUAAGGAAGAAGAAGCUUCCACUACCAGGCAGCGGCUCCCUGGAGGACCUCAAGAAUGCCCUCAAGGUACAAGAACCUCAGGAUCUCGGCUUCUUUCUCCAUGGCUUUACCAUAUUCAUGCCGGCCUUUGUAGGAGAUCUGGAAGCAAUAGAGAGGAUAUCGUAUGAAUUCGUGGAGGAUCAGGCGAAGGAGAGUGUGGCGUACUGCGAGACGAGAUUCUGUCCGCACCUGUUUCUCCCAGACAGUGCUCAUCAACCAGAUUACUUGACGUCUGAAGUGAAUGGUACAGCUGAGGGGAACAGUGGAAGUGCCACUCCUUCCACAGAUGUCACCAUUGAUGAUGUUUUAAAAGCGGUUUUAAAGGGGCUGAGACGAGGGGAGGAAGAAUUUGGCACAAAAGUCAGAGUUAUUCUCUGCUGCAUACGAGGAUUACCACACUUGUCUGGGGAAAUUUUACGUCUGUGUGAUGAAUACCGAGAUAAAGGAGUUGUAGGAAUUGAUAUUGCUGGUAAUGAAGGAAGUCAGGGAGGUGAAAAUGCUGGCAUGCAGAACGCUGUAGAUAUUGCUGUGUUCCAAGCUGCCAAGGAGAAGGGAAUCCAUCGAACAGUGCAUGCUGGGGAAGCAGGACCUGCCAAGGGUGUUCAAGAGGCAGUGGAGAAUUUUGCAGCAGAGAGGAUAGGCCAUGGUUAUCGAGUGCUGGAGGACGAGAACAUUUACCAGAAGUGUCUCAGGGAUAAUAUCCAUUUUGAGGUUUGUCCGCACUCAUCGUAUAUGACAGGAGCGAUAAAGAACUUGACGACGACUUCGAAAAGACAUCCAGUUCUAAGAUUUGCAGAGGACGAAGCCAGUUUCAGUAUUAGCACCGAUGACCCAACCAUUACCUUCACAACUUUGCAGGAUGAAUAUCGUCUCCUUAGUAGCUGGGGCUUUACAGAGGCUCAUUUCACUCGUGCAAAUUUCCAAGCUGCGCUCAACUCUUUCCUGCCGCCGGAGGAGAAGAAGGCCCUUAUAGACCAGCUUCGCGAAGCCUACAGCUUCAUCGACUACAAAGUCCCCUCGCUGCCCACAUCAUCCCCCCCAACGACCCGGUCUCCAACGCCUCCACUCAAGCCGAGCAUCACGUUCGGCACUUGGGCGGACCGAUCCUAGAGUGCGUUCUGUGGUGGUUGGUUCACUGGUUUACAAAGUGUGACUUUCACUUUUUGUUGAUUUAUGUAUGUGUACUGGAUAAUGCUGAUGAUAUCCAUUAAUAUGAAAUUUGCUACUGAUUUUGUUUAGUACUGAGGUUUACAAAAUUGAAAAGUUUUCCAAAUAAAAAAAUGUAAUGCACUUGUGCUAGUACGCACAAAUAUACAAACACAUAUACCCACACCUGUACAUGCACACCAACACCCAUACCCACACCAACCCCCCCCCCCCCCCCCCACACACAC